CUUCUGCUCAUUUCAGAGAAACCUCAGGACGACAAGAAGGACUCGUUCUUUGAGAAACUGGCCGCUCAGGUGAUCAAAAACCUGCAGGUGAAGAUCAGCAGGAUCCACCUGCGCUACGAGGACAACCUGUCAGACCCAGAGCACCCACUGUCUGUGGGAGUCACACUGUCUGAGCUCAGCCUGCAGACAACAGAUGAAAACUGGAAGGCGUGCAUCCUGAACGAAGCAGCAAAGAUCAUCUAUAAGCUCGGGCGUCUGGAGAGUCUCUGCGCCUACUGGAACGUCAACAGCCCCAUCUUCUACAAAGGAUCAUGGGAAGACAUCGUGAAUCAGCUGAAGUGUGGGAUCAGCAGUAAGGAUCAGGAGCUCCCUCAUUAUCAGUACAUGUUCAAGCCGAUCUUUGCUUCGGCUAAAAUGUGCAUCAACCCGAACGCUGAGCAGGAGCUGAAGACUCCGAAAGCUAAGCUGCACAUGGAGGUCCAGAACAUCGCCAUCGAGAUGACCAAACCUCAGUACCUGUCCAUGGUGGAGGUGCUGGAGUCUGUAGACUGCAUGUUCAAGAACGCCCCCUACAGGAAAUUCAGACCUGAAGUUCCAGUCCACAACAACUCCAGACUCUGGUGGAAGUACGGCUUCAACAGCAUCCUGGAGGUCCACGUCAGACGCUUGACUCGCAUGUGGUCCUGGUCCAACAUCAAGGAGCACAGAAAGAACCUGAAGGUCUACAAGAGCGCCUACAAGAACAAGCUGCUGAGCCAGAACAAGCCCAACGCGGAGGUGGAUCACCAGAUCCAGGAUCUGGAGAAACUUCUGGACGUCUUCAACAUCACCUUAGCGCGGCAGCAGGCCCAGGUGGAGGUGAUCCGGUCCGGGCAGAAGGAGCUGGCGAAGAAGGCGGCUGCGGGGCAGAAGCAGGGAGGAGGAGGAGGGUUCUUCGGCUGGUUCAGAAAGGCCAAGAAGGAGGAGCAGGAGACAGAGGAGAGCAAGGAGACGGAGAGUUCUGGGUUGGACGACAUCAUGACGACAGAGGAGAAGACGAAGCUGUACACCGCCAUCGGAUACAGCGGCAGCUCCCACAACCUGGCUCUGCCCAAACAGUAUGUGGCAGUGGUGGUCACCUUCCAGCUCUUCAGGACCUCGGUGACGGUCAGAGAGCUGCCAGACGUCCCAGAGAUCCUCAAAGUCCAGAUGAUCGACCUCAGCACCAAGAUAUCUCAGAGACCCGGAGCUCAGGCCUUCAGGAUCGAGGCGGGGCUGCAGCACUGGUACGUUACAGGUUUGCAGCAGCAGGGGGCGGUACCUUCUCUCAUCGCCUCGGUGGGAGACGCCGCUUCGUCUCUGCUCAGCGUCGUGUUUGAGACGAACCCCGAGGAGAGCACGGCCGACCAGCUGCUCCGGGUCCACUCUCAGCCCGUCGAGAUCAUCUACGACGCGCUGACGGUCAACAGUCUGGCCGAGUUCUUUAAAACGGGGAAAGGCGUCGACCUGGAGGUCCUGACCUCGGCCACGCUCUCCAAACUGGAGGAGUUCAAAGAGAAGACCGCCACAGGUUUGUCUCACAUCAUUGAGACCAGGAAGAUCCUGGACCUAAGGAUACACCUGAAGCCGUCCUACCUGCUGGUGCCAAAGACUGGAUUUUACAGCAACACUUCAGACCUCAUCAUCGUAGACUUUGGUAGUUUACAGUUGAACAGUGUUGAGCAGAGCGGUCGUAUUUCCUCUUCGUCCUCUUUCUCCUCUCUGGAAGAAAUCAUGGAUCGAGCUUACGACCGAUACAACGUGGAGCUACGAAGGGUCCAGGUGCUCUACAGCAAGUCAGGGGAGGCGUGGAAGUCUGCUCGGCUGCAGGAUUCAUCAGUGCAACACAUCCUGAAGCCGAUGGACCUCACCGUCCAGCUGGCAAAGUGCAUGGUGGACAAGGACACCCGGAUGCCCAGGCUGAAGGUGUCAGGAGAGCUGCCGCUGCUCCACGUUAAGAUCUCAGACCAGAAGAUCCAGAAUGUUCUGCAGCUGGUUGACAGCAUCCCGCUGCCCUCCAAAGGCUCCUCCCCCUCCACCCCGACAGAGAAGGCCGAACAAAGCGGUCCCAGCUUCCAGACGAUCUUCAACAACACGGAGCAAACCCUGAAGGUGGAGUUUGCCUCUCUGCACUUCCUCCUUCACACUAAAGCUCUGCUGUCGACCAUCAACUUCCUGAACGCCGCCAUGCCCCAAAAACCGAGCGCCAACCGAGACCAGGACGCCAAAAAACAAGUGGAGAAGAGCGAACAGGGCCGGACAGUGUCUAAAGCAGCCAAAGAUGGCGGCGUGUUCAGCUUCAAGCUGUUCGCCGUGCUGGGAAGUUUCCGCGUGGAGGUGUGUGACGAUCGCUGCAGCAUCGCCGACAUCAGAGUCCAAGGGAUCGAUGCGUCGGUGUUGGUGCAGGCGAAGGAGACGGAGGUGUUCGCCCGACUCAGAGACAUCGUGGUCACGGACGUGAACCCCAAAACCGUGCACAGAAAGGCGGUCUCCAUCGUGGGCGAGGAGGUGUUCAGCUUCAAGCUGUCCCUGUACACCGGAGCGACGGAGGGGGACGGAUACAGCGACAUGUCCAAGGUGGACGGGAAGGUCACCAUGCGUCUGGGCUGCAUCCAGAUCGUCUACCUGCACAAGUUCCUCAUGUCGCUGCUGAUGUUCGUCGAUAACUUCCAGACGGCGAAAGAAGCUCUGAGCGCCGCGACGGCUCAGGCGGCCGAGAAGGCGGCGUCCAGCGUCCGGGGCUUUGCUCAGAAGAGUUUCCGUCUGUCCAUGGACAUCAAGCUGAAGGCUCCGCUCAUCAUCAUCCCUCAGUCGUCCACCUCUCAUAACGCCAUGGUGGUGGAUCUGGGUCUGAUCACGGUGGGGAACAGCUUCUCGCUGCGGCCGGCUGACGGGUUCUCUCUCCCCGCCGUGGUGGAGAAGAUGGACGUGAAGCUGACGCAGCUGAAGCUCUCCAGAGCCACGCUGAAACAAGGCCCCUCUCAGCCCGACAUCGAGAUCCUCAAGCCGAUCAACUUAGAGCUGCUCAUCACCAGAAACCUGGCUGCGUCCUGGUUCACCAAGAUCCCCGGAGUCCAGGUCCAGGGCGUCAUCCGCUCCCUGAAUAUGAGUCUGGGCGAGGAAGACCUCGGCGUGCUGAUGAAGAUCCUGGUGGAGAACAUCGGGGACGGGAGCUCGGAGCUCGGCGUGGACGGGAAGAAGAAGGUGGCCGAAGGGAAGGCGGAGCUUGCUGAGCAGCAGGUGGAGCUGUUGCCUUCAGGGACGGGAGCUAACGGCGUUCAGGUCGCCACCAACGGAGAUCUGAGUGAAAACACGAUCAACGUGCUCCUCAACUUUGAGCUCAAAGAGGUGCUGCUGACCCUGAAGAAGCCCAUUCAGCAGAAAGAGUCCCCUUUCCUGGUGUUCCACGUCGCUCAGCUCGGCAUCGACACCAAAGUCAGAAAGUACGACAUGUGCGCCUCGACGUACAUCAAGAAGAUCACGUUACGGUGCCAGGAGUUCAAAGACUGUAACGGCGACCCGCUCUGUCUCAUCAGCUCCUCCGUGGAAACCGGAGCCGAGCUGCUGAAAGUGCAGUACUUCAAGGCGGACCGCUCGGGGCCGAACUUCUCCACGAUCUACAAGAACACAGAGAAGAUGAUCAACGUGACCUUCACCUCUCUCGACCUCAUGCUGCACACCGAGGCUCUCCUGUCGGCCAUGAACUUCCUGUCGUCGGCGCUGUCGGCGGGCAGCGUUUCAUCUCCAGAAAAAGAGAUCAAAUCAAAGACGGAGGACAAGACUGUGGCAGCCAAGUCCGCUGGCGUGGCGUCACCUGCAGACAGUGAGGUCAUCGACCUGAAGAUGAUGAUGGCGCUGGGAGCCUUUAACGUCCUGGUGUGCGACCAGAGCUGCAGCAUGGCGGACAUCAAGAUCCAAGGGAUAAACGGCUCCUUGUUGAUGCAAGGAUCUCAGACUCACAUAUCGGCCAGUCUGAGAGACUUCCUGGUUCUGAACGUGGAUCCGAACAGCAUCCAUGAAAAGGCCAUCUCCAUCGUGGGCGACGAGGUCUUCAGCUUCACCAUGAGUCUGACUCCUAAAGCCACAGAGGGGGCGGGUUACGCCGACACCUCCAAAACGGACGGCCGUCUGAGGCUGAACGUGGGCUGCAUCCAGGUGGUCUACCUGCACAAGUUCAUCAUGUCUCUGCUGAACUUCAGCAACAACUUCCAGACGGCGAAGGCAGCCGUGAGCGCCGCCACCGCUCAGGCAGCCGCUCAGGCGGCGUCCAGCGUCCGAGACUUUGCCCAGAAGAGUUUCCGUCUGUCCAUGGACAUCAACGUGAAGGCCCCGCUCAUCAUCAUCCCCCAGUCCUCCACCUCCCACGACGCCCUGAUGAUGGACCUGGGUCUGAUCACGGUGGGGAACAGCUUCGCUCUGCUGCCCGUCAAAGGAUGCCCGCUGCCGGCCGUGAUCGACGACAUGCAGAUCCAGCUGACGCAGCUGAAGCUCUCCAGGACCUGUAUGGACCCGGCCUCGGGUCGACCCAGCAUCGAGCUGCUGGAGCCCGUCAACCUGCACCUCAACAUCAAGAGGAACCUGGCGGCGUCAUGGUACAAGAAAAUGGUUGCUGUGGAGAUCGAUGGAGAUCUGAAGCCCAUGAAG